CCUCACUGCGACCAGCUCCCAUCAGCCGCCCUAUCGCCGUCAGCGCAUAUCGCAACUCGCGCCCUCACAAUCGCGCUGAUUCUCCUCAAUAAUCUAGUUGACGCGUGGCUGGAGAGUCUGACGCGUGCGUCGCAAGCCUCCAUCUACUCUGCCUCCCCGCGAUGCGCCAUGUCUGAAGCCGACGAUGCGCCAGAAAUGGCCCAACCCGCCCCCAAUCCGGACGCCCAGACGACGGUGAAUGACUUCCUCGACUAUACCGAAUUCUUUCCGUCCGACUUGGUGCGCUCGUUGACGCUGAUUGCCGACCUCGAUUCGACCUACUCGGACGCCGUCCAGCAGGUCCACGAGCUGACGGUCCAGUAUGGCAAGCUGCCCGCCCUCCCCGAGCAAGAGCGCCCCGAUCCGGUAUUACUACGCAAGCAAAUCGCCCAGCAUCUUCAAAAGGCCAUCAAUCAGAGAGAGUUUGCAUAUACGGAAGCGUCGCGGCUAUAUGAGGUCACGGUGCGCCACUGCCAGCGCUCAUCGGUUAUCAAGAGGAAACUCCAGGCCCAACCCCAACCGCCCUCACGCGACCCUACGCCCCCGCCAGUCUCUCCGAGCGCCCACCGACCCGUAAACCGCGACUACAUACGCCCCGCCCAUCUGCGCCUGACCUUCGAUGGCGGCCGGCAUGGCGCCAACACCUCACGACCCCGAGACAGGCACAGGAAGACUGCCGUUCCUCUGCCACGAGGACGUGGGCGCCGCGGUGCAACAUACUCGUCAGACUCAGAUGGUGGUUCAGGCAUCGAUGUGGCAUCACAUAGGAAGCGCAAGGACAACCGGGACAGGCAUUCAAGAGCAACUGGGGGCAGGUCGCGCGCUGCUGGCGUACUCGGUACCAACGUGCACAGCUCUAUCGCUGGUAUAUCUACCAGUAAUGCGCUCGCACAAUUGGCUCCACCACCAGCCGACGCGAAACCCGGUAGCAAGUGGGCACCCUGGAAGAAGUUGACCGAAUACGAAAUGGCCGUCCUGCGCAAGCAGAUGAAGAAGAACGCUGUAUGGACUCCUAGUCAGACUAUGAUGAUCCGUGAGCUUGAGAAGAAGCAUCGUACAGAGGCAGAUUACGAAAGGGAGAAGGCCCGCUGCGAAGCGACAGGCGAGCACUUCCUGGACGAGGAGCCCGAGACGUUGCAACAGAUUAUGACAGCUUCUGGCCUGGGGCUUUUGGCACCGCAUGGCCCGCAGGCAGCAAAUCCACCCCCGCCAAUCGAGUCUGUGGAGGAAGAUUCCAAAGAAGAAUCCGGUCCAGUUAGCAUCCGCCUCAAGCCUGUCGCGACAAAAGAAGGCCGGAAGCUCGAUCGCAUGUCACAGCGCCAAAAAGCUAUGCACGACGCACAAGAGCUCAUUGGUGCUUCCGAGAAGAUUAGAGAAGCAGCCAAGGAGCUCACGGAACUCAACUUCAGCUCCAGUGUUGCGGCAACUGCGAAUCAAAAGAAGAGAACCCCGGUCAGACUAUCGAAUAAGCGGAAGCGCGAUGCUUCUCCUCCACCCACCACCGACGGCGCCAUCGAGACCACCAGAGAAGCGUCGGUAGCAACUCAAGACAGCGCGUCAAGGCCGCCAGAACCUAAGCGCGCACGUCUGCAGCUCAUUGCUCCAGCACCAAGCUCGGUCGCCUCCCCGAUACCGACCCCCAACUCGACCGUAUCCACCCCUCGUGAUCGGACGGCCUCGGUUGUGCCCUCGCCAGCAGCACACUCCCCCAUACCAAUUCUAGAGCCCGCAAAGCCUUCGACGAAUGGGAAUACUGUACAAGUGCCGCUUGCGCCAGCAGGUCCGAGCACACCGAAAGUCAACAAGGCCAUUUCGAAAGAGGCAAGUCCUGAGCUCACACCCAUUACAACAUCGCCAGUACCGCCAGAGGAAUCGCCUGUUAUGCCACAAGCUCAGCAAUCACCAGUACCUAUUAAAGCCCCAACUCCUCCAGCUUCGGUCCCAGCACCAACAGCAGCUUCGACUAGGCCCAAACGCGAAUCCGUUGCUCCGAAAGCUCCCACUCCGCCAGUGACCACCCUCCCGCUUACGAAGUCCUCAAAGACCCCUACACCAGUGCCUGAGCCCCGCCCAGAGACACCUGCAGCACCAACACUACGUCCUCGCUCUGCACGCGGUCAUGUCCCUACACCCAAGGCGCAAAGCGAAGAGCCCAAGCCCAACGAAGAAGGUAGGAUAACUCGCGAAACCCGUCGUCAUAGUGUCUUUAGCCAACCCGCAACCACGCUCACAGUACCUGCACCACCGCCACCGCCUACGCGCACUAGUAGCCGCCGGAAGCCUCCUCCAAAGGGUGAAGUCACGAAUGCGGAAGACGGCCAAAAGACAGUCACAAACGUCAAACGUGCGCAAGGUAGCAAAAACAAGAGGAAGAAGAAGGCCGAAGAGGAGGCCGAACAAGCCGACGACAUCGAUCCCAACGAGCCCCGAUACUGUAUCUGCGACGACGUUAGUUACGGGCAAAUGAUAUCGUGUGAUAAUAACUGCGAUAAGGAGUGGUUUCAUCUCCCAUGCAUGGACAUGACCGAAGACGACAUACCAUCUCGUCGCGCCAAAUGGUACUGUCCAGACUGUCGCACAGCGCUGGGCACAGAUGCAUAUGGCAACCCGUUGGUUCCGCCUCCACUGCCAGGACGCCGCGGUAAUCGGUCGGCUUGAGCGGGCGGGCGAGCGGUCGAUAUGGGUACGGAUUCGGAUACCCAUCGGAUGGGCUUGGGCUCGACAGGCGCUGGCGUUGAUGCUGGAGUAUGGUAUGGUAUGAUAUUCUUUGCCCCACGGAGGGGAAGGUGUAACAUCAUAGGGUUAUGGGUUAGCUGUCAUCCUUUGUUUACUGGCAUGGUGUCUGGAGUUGGCAGCGUAUUUGUCUACGGACAGCUGUCUUGGGUAUGAAUAUACCCGUCUAGUUAUCAUAUCACCAUGCACUUCAAAAUCGAAAGGGCUCUAUGUGUCCGUUACUCUUAAUGAGUCGUGUAUUGACAGCGGGAGAUUGACAGGUUCCCGUGCGCUACGUUUACCCUACAGCUUCAUAGAAUGGAGUUAUGGGAUUUACUGGGUACUGCGCACGGAUGGUACGCUCGGGGUGAUGACGCACAAGUUGAUGGGGAAGGUGCACUCAUAGUCACUGAACCGCCAAAUCAAUUCACUU